AUGUCGGUCAGGGCCCCAGUGUCACUAGAUGACGCGCUGCAUCGAGCAUCAUUCUUCGCAGCGUACGAAGAGGACGUAGCUAACUUGAAAGAACAAUUUUUGGCAAGCAAAAAUGCCGCCAGGAAAAAGACUUCGACAACUAAAGAAGCACCGACCAAAGGUCAACAUUCUUACGCAAUAGAUAACUCCACGAAAAACAAAUCAUCGACUGUCGACCUGAACAAGCAUUACGACUUCCACAAACGGAAAGGACAUUCCACUGAGGAAUGUCGAGCUGCGUUACGCGAAAAGGAGAGAAGGGAGGAAGAAGAAAACUCUCAAGAAGAUGAACCCCCUUCGACUCCAAAAAGCGAUAAAAAGCCGAAAACGUCUUCCUACAAAAGGGCUCGGGAGGUGGAGGCCGAAUCACCAAACUCGCCACCACCCGCUCCCAAAAAGCGGGUCGACAUGAUCUCGCUAAGCACAAACAGGCGAGAUCGAUACGACGUCCAAGGCCUUGAUCAACCACACGACGACGCCCUCGUUUUACGACUCGAUGUCGGAGGAUGCGAGCUCUCACGGAUCAUGAUCGAUACCGGAAGCUCAGCCGAUGUCCUAUUCUACGAUGCCUUCAAACGAAUGGGAUUCACCAAAACUCUCCUUAAACAAGAACCAACCCCGCUCAUCGGAUUCACAGGAGAAACAACUUACUCCCUAGGAUCUAUCGAGCUCGCAGUCACUACCGGAGACGUUAGGAAGAUCGUGGAGUUCAUCGUAAUAGAUCGACCGGCACCGUUCAAUGCUAUCUUAGGAAGACCCUGGCUAUACAGUAUGAAAGCAGUGUGA